AUGCCGAUCGGUCACCUAGCUCAAAGUUCGACUCGUUUUGCGCACGCUGUUGCCAAGCAAAUCGACCAAGUCAAUCUGGCUCCCUUGAUGAGCAUCCGACAACUCAAUGACGUCAUUUUUCGUCACGUCGAAGCCCAAAAUCCCACAAAAAUCAUCAAGAGAAAUCCGGAGAUUUCUCAUCCGCCCAGUGCCUCCGCUUCGGCUUGUAUUAUUCCGUUGGAGCAGGAUCCGCGCAUACGCAUCAACUAUCACGGGAAGAACAAGUUGAUUCGGUUCGGAAAGAUCCUGGAGGACUUGGACACAUUCGCCGUUUGGCUGGCCUACAAACAUAAUCAAGGACCCGAAGUGGAGAUGGGCACCCCGAAUCAUCCGCCAUUUCAUGCUGUUACCGCUUGUGUGGACAAAAUCGGUGAGCGCAGGCCCUAUAUUAGACUUUUAACAGUAUUUUCACAAUGUGCGUGGACAUUUCAUCAUGAAUCGCGGUCUGCAACGUGCACAAAAAUUUCCGAUUUUUCGCACUGUGCGUUGGCGACAAACGUGGAAAGAUUUCAUAAAGUGCAUGGACAUUUGCCACAAAUGGUGCACAAAGCUCGUCCAUUAAAAUUUGAAUUUUCAAAUUUCCCGCGCUUUCAAAAAUCUGUUUGGCAUUCUGUUUCAUCUUGCAAAACUUACCAAAAAACUGUCAAAACGUAAAAAAUCAUUCAUUGUUGUCAUGAAAAAAAGAUUUCAGACCUCCAGAACCGCACGAUUCGCUCGGAUUUGGACAUAGUCAUGACCGGGAUGGUGACCUGGGUGGGCCGUUCCUCCAUGGAGAUCACAAUGCAUUUGAGUCAAAAGUACUCGGACGACGACUAUCGGUAGGCCAAGAACCGAAGGCAAAACCUGUUUUUUAGGGACGUUUUGACGGCUCGAUUUGUGAUGGUCACGUUGGAGCCGAACGGCCGAAAGGCGGUGCCGAAUGUGCCGCUGGCGUUGGAGACCGAAGAAGAUAAGGUGGGAUUUCAAAAAGCGGAACGUAAGCGGUGAUUUCUAUACUAUAUUUACUCGAGUUCAGUACCAAUUUCUGGGACUUCCAAAAAAUAUGUCAUCAUGACAGAUUUUUUUUGGGAAUUUUGUCAUGCUGAUGGAAUAUUUUGAGCGCACAAAAUUUAUACUGCCAAAAUGAUUCCUAUACAACGCCUAUCUGGAAUUUUAGAGUUAAGAAUUUUAGAUUUUUUAUGUCAUCAUGACAUUUUUUCCGGAUUUUCGUCAUGAUGAUGACUAAAAUUAACUUGAAAAUUUUUUAUAUGGCUAUACGGACUUUGUUCCAGUAAUUUUACAUUCUUUUUUAGUUGAUUUGCCAUAGUUUUAAAUAAGUCAUCAUGACGGAUUUUUUGGAAUUUUCAUGAUGACUGCAAAUUUCGUCACUGAAAAUUUACAUGCAUGAUAUUCCACUCAAUUCCAACAACUUCGAACACCUUUAAAGCCAUAUCUAUUGCGUUAAAAACAUGUCAUCAUGACGAAUUUUCUAGAAAUUUUGCAAAAACCCGUCAAAAUCCCCCGUUCCAGAUGCCCGCCAAGUCCGAAUCCAUCGCGAAGAGAUGUCGUUGUUCAAGAACCCGCCAACGGAAAUCGAGCGCGCGAUGCUGCACGACCUCUUCUUGCAAUCCAUCCAGAACAAAAACAUGUCCCGAAAACUGCCCGAAAACUAUCGAUGGAUGAAAGAUGCGAAGCUUGAGAACCUCGUGGUCUGUUUCCCUAUCAAGCGGAACAUGUAUGGGAAGAUUUUCGGGGGGUACUUGAUGCGGUCGGCGUUUGAGACGGCGUUCGCCAACGCCGCGAUUUUUUCGUAAGUUUUUUUGGGGGAUUUUUUGAAAUUUUAUGGGAUUUGAAGCAAAAAAAUACAAAAUUAUUAAUUUUUCCCUCAAAAUUCCCCAAAAAAUAUAUUUUUUUAGCAAAUGCCGGCCCGAAGUCAUGGCAGUGGACUCCGUAGUCUUCAAAAAAGGCGUUGAGAUCGGGUCGUUGCUUUUGCUGAACGCGCAAGUCAGCUAUUCCACCGACUGUUUCAUGCAGAUGGCGGUGGAUGCGCAGGUGGUGGAUGUGGAAUCGGGCGAGCGCGAGACCACCAACACCUUCCAGUUCACGUUCCGCGCCGACAAGCCGGUGCCGUUGGUCAUGCCGGAGAGUUAUUCGGACGGGAUGAACUAUUUAACGGGCAGACGACACUUCAAUUCGAGUGCUCACUGGUAG